AUGAAUUCAAUUCUGAAUUCUCUGUUUACGAGUUUUGAUUGGUUUUUUUUUCUCACGUGUUUUGAAGAAGCAACUGUUCUGGCACAGAAAAGCGAGAGAGAACACAGAAAGAGAAAAAGAGAAUUCGAAGAAGAACACAAACACACGCAAGAGAAAGAAAUUUCUCUACUUUUUGGUCGAAAAAUGCCACACAAAUUACCAACCAUUUCUCUCAAAACAUCAGAGAGUACUUACUUCUUAGGUAAGUUUUCUCUCACAACAAAUGACGCAUUACUAGAAAGGAGACUUAUUAAAAGAGAAUACGAAGAAGGAAAAAUAAUGUCGGCAUCGUGCGCGCGAUGCGGAUAUACCAUUUACUUGCGCGAAGCGUCCGAGCUGAUUUCGUGUCAGAGCUGCAACUUGACGCACGCGACGGAGACGUUGUUUAAUGAUGCCGAUGAUGAUGAUGAAAACGAAGAUGCGCUCGUUACGACGGGUGGAGGAAAAAAGAUGAUGAAAACAAUCUCCAACGCCGCCAGUUUCUUGUACAAGUUCAACAUCGAACCGAAAAACCCGGACGGGACGAAGAUUGGGAGCGAACGAGACGACGAAAAUGUGAGCAGAGAACGAAGAGCGACGGUGGACGAACCGUGUCCGAAAUGCGACAAUCACGUGUUGAGGUUUUAUACCAUGCAGUUGAGGAGCGCGGAUGAAGGGCAGACGGUGUUUUACGAAUGCGAGAAGUGCAAACACACGUUUUCGCAGAACAAUUGA